AUGCAGCUCCACCCGCGCACCAGCACGCCCUCGGCCUCGACGGUCCUCCGCGACUUCCUCAACCAGGCAAAAUGCACCUGCUGCACGGUGCGCGUGGUGGAGCUGACCAAGCAGCGUGCCGUCGUGGAGUGGGGUUCCGUCCCAUACUUCACGGCGCGGGGCCAACGGGCCGAGUUUGUCUAUUACACGGCCGAGCGCGUCGCCGACGUCCGGCCGGAUCUUCUUCGGACCUGGACGACGGGACGUUCGGGAGCGGGAGCGGGAGUGGGGCAGCAAGGCAACGGCAACGGCAGAAAGGAGGAGACGGCCGAGUGGAUCCGCGACCGACUCCGCGAUAGCUGGCUCGUCGAGCAGCUCGCGUACUGGGUCGAGUUUCUCGAGGAGUGGAAGUCGUACCGCGAGUGGUAUGUGUACAAGCCCGAGUUGUUCGAGGGCAAGGAGCCGGAUGUGCUGAGUCCUGGCUGCGAGGGCUGCGUGAAGCCGCAUUGGCCCGGCGGGUUGCGGCGACGGGCUUCAUCUUGCGCUUGA